AUGGAAAGAUGUCACCCCCUUCCUCAACUAGAGGAGCAAUUCUUAACCAGAGUAUGGCUUGAGAAGUCUAAAAAAUUAGCGGAUAUCAAGAUAUUAUUUCCGGGACAUAAGGGCUUCCAAGCAUUCUCUCACAGCAAUAGCUGUCUGUGGGUUCAUACUGGCCGGACAAUGAAUACGACCAUUCUGUAUUCCACCAAUCAUGGGGACAUUAGUUCGACUCCACGAAGGAAAACCGCCACCGAUAUACUGUACUUUGGUGGUCUAUGUCCAGGCUUCUCUCCGUCAGGAAGGCCAUGGCAUAAUAUAAAGAUGGAGGUACACACCCAUCAUACUUCUAUAACAAUACCCCAAUGUCAAUCUAGAAGCUAUUCACCACUUGAGACCACUCUGUUUCGAUCCCGACACCAGGGAAAGCCUCAAACGGCAACCAAUCCUACGCUCUCAUAUCACCAACCCAACCAGCCCACGCCACCACCGGCAGAAGCAAAAGAAAGAAUAACAAAAAGCAAAGAUACACGCACACACACAUCACUUCGACUCCGCACUCCCUGGCCCAGAUGCCAACCAACACCAGCACAUCACCUUCCAAAUUCAUGUCAUCUCCACUUCCGAUCAUCUUCUACCUACAAAUCAUCCCAGCCCAUCAACGCCUAUGAACAAAACAACCAAACAAGCCAGCACCAAGACAAGUUACUCGGAUGGAAGCUUCUCUCCCAUUCUCAACUGCAAGCCAGGAGCGAUCAUCAUACAUAUGACAAGGAACAUUGCAUUGCAUGCAUUAUAUUUCCAUUAUGUUAUGGUAGUACGGUAUCCUAA